GGCUGCGCCCAUGUACACUUUUUCAUCUAAUUCACUUUUACUCAGAUUUUACCAGACUCAAUUUCAAUAGAAUGUCUACAGUGUUUCUGCAGAUUGGACAAUGUGGUAACCAAGUUGGUCACUCAUUCUGGAAGAAAGUUAUCAAGGAUGAAGAUGUAAAGAAAAGCAAGUGUUUCCUAGACAAUGAAGGACAUUUACGAUCUGUGGCAGUUGACAGUGAGUCAAAAGUUUUAAAGAAAAUAACCAGAGGACUACCAUAUAGAGAUGACUGUGUGAUAUCUGGAAAACGAGGAAGAGGAACUAAUUGGGCUUUAGGGUACCAUGGUGUAAGGAAGUCUGGGGAUGACCAUCUGUUGGAUGAUACGCUGAAUGCUAUAAGGAAACAGGUUGAAAAAUGUGAUUGCUUUACUGGGAUAAUAACACUACACAGCCUGACAGGAGGGACUGGGUCAGGAUUUGGUUCCCGUUUGACAGAAAGUCUGAGAGAGGAAUACCCAUUAUCACACCUUAUGUCGUGUGUCAUUGCCCCUCAUGCUAGUGGGGAAAGUCCGCUACAGCAUUACAAUGCAUUGCUCACCUUGUCAACUCUGCAAAGGAAUUCGGAUUGUGUGGUUCUUACCCACAAUGAUGAUGUGUUAUACCGAAUACAGAAGCGUACGAAGACAGAGGCUGUGUCCUUUGCCCACAUUAACGACGCUAUCGCCAGCCAUUUGUCAGGAUUAUUUCUGCCAACUGAUUCACUCAGAAGUAAAAGCCAGUGGUGUCUUGGAAUGGAGCCGUGGGAAAUGUUACGUUCUGUGUCUCCAGAUCCCAGAUGCAAGUUUGUGCAGAUUGCUCAAUACAUGAACAGCAAAUUAAGCUGGAGUGAGUUGGUUCAUAAGUUGUCAUCCACACUGAAGAAAUAUGACAGCCAUGGAAAGUCUUACAGCAGUACGGGGGCAGUGUGUGUCGCACGGGGCGACAGUACGGGGGGCUUCCUACUACACGCCUCUAACCUGGAGCCAAAACUGCGUCAGGGCCUCAACUGUGUAGACUGGAACCCAUUUCCUAUUGACCUCUGGAAUGCAAGAACAAAUGGUUGUGGACCAAAGGGUUCUGCCAGUCUGACAGUAGCAAUGAACAGUUCCUCGAUUGUUGAGUACCUCGAGAGAGUGAUGGAUCGGUCACGUGUUAUGUACGAUGCAGGAGCUUACCUACACUGGUAUUGGAGGCAUGGUUCAGAACAGGAGGAUUUCACCAGCGGAUUUGAUACCGUACAGACAGUAAUAGACAAUUAUAAGGACGCGGUGAAGUAAAGGCGAUACCAUUUCAAUGUGCAAAGGACUGUUUGAAGCCAUGCUCACUUCAGUACAGGAGAAGAUAACCCUUUGACCAUUUGAUCAUAUGAAGGACUCUUUGGGCUAGUCCUUUGUUGGUUGAGAUUCUUUCAGAAUAUGCUCACUUUAGCACAGAAAUGGUCAGUCCAUAAGAGCUAGAUGAGUUAUCCAUGUGAGGGACCCAGAUCAGGAUACUAACUCAAGUAAUACUAUGCCCAUGCAGGUUGCUAUAUGCUUACAGACUGAUGUCAGUUCAAAGUUUCAAUUAAA